GACGAAGUAAGUGAGAAUAGUGUUGAUACUUAGGUAAAGACGUUAAUGCGAUUUACAUGUACAAGAUAACGCCGACUAAGUGAAUUUAACAGUAGACGGAGCAUUGAAUGUUCGAGGCAUUAGCUAUUAAUGACUUUAAAAUGGGGCUGUUAUGAACAGAAUAUGCAGACUUGGAAAGCGUGAGAUUACGCAGACAAUUAGAAACAACAAGACUUACCGGACUCAACGGAUUAUAAUUUACAACGUUGAAUGGACAAUACAACAAACCGCGGCAAUGGAAAUUUCCAGACGAAUGGUACAAGAAUGCCCUCCGAAAACGAAAAUGGUUCCUCCGUCAACGAUUCAGGCGGUCACAGUUUAAAAAAACAGAAAUAUGAGAGCGAAAAAGAUAGUGAACUUAACAAGGAACUUAAGAGGCUAGAUGGAAGUGUCAAUAAAGCUCGUACCAAAUUAUUUAACGACAAAAGCCAAACGUCCACGAGCAAAGACGAUGAAAGAAAUGAGAAUUUACGAAGGCAAUCAGAUCAUCGACAGUUAGUUUAUCAUUCAAAUCGCACGGGUAUGCACACUCUAAAUCAAGCUGCACAGCAACACCGCGGCGAAAACAGAGACGGUUCAGGAAAGAAAAAAAUGCAAGAGACUUCAGCAAAUCGACAGUCCGGUCACAGUAUGCAGACUCCAAAUCAAGCUUUGCAGAAACAAGGUGGCGAAGGCAGAGAAAAUGUGCAACUGCAACCAGAUUCAGGAAAUCGACGUUCCGAUAAGAAUUCCAAACGCCAGGGUAAUUAUAAUCAAUAUCUUGAUGUGCAGCGACAAGGCGGCGAAAGCAGAGACGGUCGGAAUGCACAUUUCCAGCAUCAGUUCAAUGAUCCAGAUCAAAAUAAGCCGCAACAGGGCAGCGGGGGCAAAGACGGUGGGUGUAUACCAUACCAACAACAUUCCAGUGAUUCAGAUGAUAAUAAGCCGAAACAGGGCAGCGGAGGCAGAGAUUCUGGCCAUCAAAUUAUGCUUAAGCCAUAUCAACUUGAGCAGCAACAAGGCAGAGACGGUUAUGACCAUGGCCAGCGUGGAUGGACUUACUCUCCGGAAGAGCAAAAACAAAUUCAACUUUGGAAACCGCGUCAAGUCGAAGCAAGCAAGCAGAUGUUAUAUGGUGUCUUUGGUAAUGUGAUCUCGAUUCUUGAGGUGCUCGAGUCAAGAGUUGAUAAAAAAGGAAAAAUUUAUAAAUCUAAAAUAGCGAUACCAAAUCAAUCGAGUAAAAGUGAAAGCGACAUUCGUAGUAUUGUGCAAGGACAACUUCUUGCGUUUCAAAUGCAGAACAUGGUGUGUCCGUCUAAUGUCAGUUCCAGUGUCAACAAAGAACUGAGAGUUAAAACAAUACUAUGGGCUGCCGUAAGACAAGACCAUAAACUGGCUAUUAACGAAAUUGAUACGUACAUUUGUAAACUCUAUAAGAUCCUCGUCAAAGGGCGAAUUCAACAUGAAAUAAAUUAUCAGUCGAGGAACCAAGUUUCAGCCGAGACUAUGAAAGAAACAAUCCCGCACAUAUUUAAAGGAAGGCAUGACGCUUUAGCUAUUACUGAAGCAUUCGACGAGGAUCACUGUAAAAAGGCAGAGAGUCCAAAAACACGGUACUCUAGAAGUUCAGAUGCAAUGAAAAUAGGUGCAGAGAGAAUGAGCAAAACGUGUCCAGAACUGAAAACAAUUCUGGACAACGAUGUCAUUGAGUUUACGAGCAGUGAUGUGGACAUGUAAACACAGAAUCCUAUAAAUUUAUGUUGAACAAGUCGUCAAUGAGUGCAUAAUGUUUCAACAAAGUAUUUUAAGAAUAUAUCCGCUAAAAAAAUAUAGACUUACAUAAAUAUAUAUGUAGAUUAAGUAUUUCUUUACAUUUAUACAUACUCGUUUAAUACAUGUGCGUUCAUGCAAAUAUGCAACUAUAUCACCAUAUUUACUACAUAAUUAUCUUUUAAAUAUGUUUUGGUCUACUUCAUUUUAAUAUAUCGUGCAUUUCAAAAUUAUUUGUGUCUACUUUAUUUGUUUUGUUCAAUAAUGAGUAAAUACGGUAGUUGCUACCAGUAUUGGUACACAAGUCACCUGACUGAUUAUUAUUGUUUGGUAAAUAUAAUGUGUGUUAAGGGUUUGACAUUAUUAUGUUGUAGUAUACCUUUCAACACAUUAUCAUGCUCACAUUGAGCGACAAAUACUAACAAAAACGAAAAACACUUAAUCAACGUGUUUUGUAAUUGUGUGGGUAUUUCAUCCGCUUGCAUAAUCAAACUGUUGCUAUACAAAUAUUUUAUGAAAUUACUUAUUGGUUUAAUAGCGUAAAUGAAAUGUUGUGGAUUUAUAAGAAAAAAUGUUUUUGUUUAAUUAAUGAACUAGUAAAUGAAUAUAAUAUUAAAGCGACUACUAGACGAAUUGUUUACUUCGAGGUAAUUGCUAUCGUACACAAAAAGUAUUGUUUUUAUUUAAUCGAGUAAUAUAGCACACAAUACAUGUAAUCAUGUUCAGGGUGUUUCAUUUUAAAUUGUGCGUGUUUAUUGAUGGUAUUGCUGUAAUCAAACUGUGUGUAAUGCGUG